ACAUCGAAAAUGAAAGUAAACUUGCUCUAUUUGAUUUUUUAGCAAACGUGGCGUAGAAAAUGGAGGAAAUCAUUGUGGAAAACAAACCCAAACUCAUCAAAUGGCUUAGUUCGGAUUCAGACAUUUUUCUGCAAUAUGUUCAAGCUAAAAAACUAAUAACAACGUCGCAGUAUACUGAACUGAUGGAAAUGAGAGCUAAGGAAAGGGUUAUCAGACUUCUGGACAUCAUCCUUGGAAAUGGUGAAAAUGUGUGUCGAAAAUUUCUGGAUUUGCUGAAAGAAGAUGAUGUGAAUGAAAGUUCUCCCGAACUCAGAGAAUGGAUCAAAACAGUGGACACUGAAGAUCAGAAAACAGAAAAUGACUGUAAAAAAGAAAGUGUUGACAGGCCAAUACAAGACCAGAAACCUUAUAGAGACUGUCAACAGAUGCCAAUACAAGAUUGUCAGCGGUUUCUAAAAAAAAACUUAAGUUUUUUGGUUCAAAAAGUGUGUAACAUUGAUCCAAUUAUUGAUGAUCUUGACCUACACCCUGAAUCAGAUGCAAAGGUGAGAGCGAAGUCAACCAAUCAAGAGAAGAUGAGGACACUGCUUGGCCAUGUGAAUUGUGAAAGUAUUGCUAAGGACCUGGUCAUCGCUCUGUUCAAGCAUGAAAAACACCUAAUGAAUGAACUGCAGAACAACUACUGAAAGUUGUAUUGUUUACACACUGAUAAGCAGCAUGAUACUAUGACGUUCCAUGAUAAAAUUAUGCAUUGUACAAAUGAAACUUUUGCAUAGUUUGUACUGCUUUAAAUGAGUUUUAAUGGACAUCUUAAAUUGUUGAAACAUUGGUAGUUUUUCAUUACAUUUUAUGAAUAUAAUAAAGAUCAAAUUAAUCAAAACCAUUCAUGUAUUUUUAUCACCAAUAAACGACAUAAAUGUC